AUGGCAAGUCCGACUACAGAGCAGGGUUGUUUUUCGGACGUGAGAAAGGUGGGUUAUUUAAGGAAACCCAAAAGCAUGCACAAAAGGUUUUUUGUCCUGCGAGUUGCGAGUGCUGCAGGACCGGCCAGAUUGGAGUACUAUGAGAACGAGAAAAAAUGGAGGCACAAGUCUGGAGCUCCAAAAAGGUCAAUCCCACUGGAGAGCUGCUUUAAUAUCAACAAAAGAGCAGAUUCAAAAAACAAAUACCUUGUAGCUCUUUACACCAAGGAUGAAUACUUUGCAAUCGCGGCAGAUAACGAGCUCGAGCAGGACACAUGGUACCAAGCUCUCGUGGACCUCCACAACCGAGGUAAGGUCCACGAAAGCACUGGGAGCAAUGGAAUGGGGGAAGAUAAUUACGGCGAGGUUACGCCGGGACCUGCCUUCAAAGAAGUCUGGCAAGUUAUUUUGAAACCAAAGGGGCUUGGACAAACAAAAAACUUAAUUGGAGUUUACAGAUUGUGCCUGACAAAUAAAACGAUAAGUUUUGUGAAACUUAACUCCGAUGCAGCCGCAGUGGUGCUGCAGUUGAUGAACAUCAGAAGAUGUGGUCACUCAGAAAAUUUCUUUUUCAUUGAAGUGGGAAGGUCUGCUGUCACGGGACCGGGUGAGUUCUGGAUGCAGGUUGAUGAUUCUGUGGUCGCUCAGAACAUGCAUGAGACGAUUUUAGAAGCAAUGAAAGCCAUGAGCGAGGAGUUUCGGCCACGCAGCAAAAGCCAGUCUUCCUCAAACUGUUCCAACCCUAUAUUAGUGCCUGUGAGAAGACACCACCAUAACAACCCACCACCUAGUCAAGUUGGGCUAGGCAGGCGGUCACGGGCAGAGAGUGUCACAGCCACCUCUCCUGCUGGUCCUGGGAAACACAGCCACUCUUUCAGAAUGAGGGCUUCCAGUGAUGGAGAAGGGACCAUGUCCAGGCCAGCUUCCGUAGAUGGGAGCCCCAGCAGCCCCAGUGCAGCACGCCCCCAGUCACACAGACACAGGGGGGGCUCCAGGCUCCAUCCUCCGCUUAACCACAGCAGAUCCAUCCCCAUGCCCUCCUCCCGCUGUUCCCCUUCGACCAUCAGUCCCGUGAGCCUGUCCUCCAGCAGCACCAGCGGGCAUGGGUCCACCUCAGACUGUCUCUUCCCGCGACGCUCCAGUGCCUCUAUUUCUGGCUCCCCGAGCGACGGUGGAUUCAUCUCCUCUGACGAGUACGGAUCUAGCCCCUGUGAUUUUAGGAGCUCCUUCCGUAGCGUGACUCCAGACUCUCUCGGGCACACGCCGCCAGCCAGGGAAGAGGAGCUGAAUAACUAUAUUUGCAUGGCUAAGCCCGGCUCGCUGCCUGGAGGUGGGAGCCAUUCACGGAGUCAUUCGCGAGGCACGCCCUCUCGCCUGGAGGAGCCUGAGCUUGAGAAAUGCUUCCGAAAGCGGACACAUUCCUCUGGCGCCUCCCCUCCCACCGUGUGCCACCAGAAAACUCCCUCGCAGUCCUCUGCUGCUUCUCUGGAAGAAUAUACUGUUAUGAUGCCAGCCUGUCCACGCAGUCGCUCAGCUUCCUCUUCGUCCACCUAUCGGCACUCGUUCAUGCCCACCCAUUCAUACCCGGAGGAGGGUCUUGAUAUCCCCCCAGUAGAGGGCAGCAGUGGGGCAAAUCAUAAAGAUGAUGGUUAUAUGCCAAUGUCACCGGGCGUGGCCCCUGCUACGGCGACGGUCAAGAACGGUGACUACAUGCCCAUGAGCCCAAAGAGCGUCUCCGCCCCUCAGCAGAUCAUAAACCCUCGCCAGCACUCGCGCGUCGACUCCAACGGCUACAUGAUGAUGUCACCGAGCGGCAGCUGCUCCCCAGACAGCACCGCGAAUUACGGAAAGAUCUGGACCAAUGGCGUGAACCCCAAAUUGUCGGUGGAGAGUACGGAAGGCAAGGUUUCGUCAUGUGGCGAUUACAUGAACAUGUCCCCGGCUAGCUGUUCCACCGUGGGCACCCCUCCUGACUGUUACUUCAACCCUGUCGAGGAGCCGUCCAGGCCAACGUACGCUUACUUUUCUUUACCGCGUUCCUUCAAACAUGCCCACAGGAAGCAGGACCAGAGCCCCUUGCGGCUGUCUCUGGGCUCCAGCCGGCUGGCCUAUGCUGACUCCUCCUCAUCCUCCGCUAGCAGCGAUAGCCUUGGCGGCCAGGGCAACACCCAGACGCCUUCAGUUAGACCUAAAAGAUCUGAAGUCAGCGGCAGACUAGCGCGACCAACGCGGCUAUUGUUGGAUUCCAACAAAGCCAGCACUCUGCCUCGAGCGCGCGAGAACCCCUUUCCACCCGAGCCUAAGAGUCCAGGGGAGUACGUCAACAUCGAGUUCAACGAUAAGACGUUUUCGGCGAGUCUCGCGUCACUCUACUCUCCGGUGUUCGCAGGAAACGGGUCAGAGAGCCAGCCGGGGCUCUCGUCUUCUGAUUACAUGAACAUGCAGCUGGGGUCUCAGGACCAGGGGCCUAGCUGUGUAAUACAGGCUGCGUCUUCCUGCACGGAUUAUGCCAUUGUCGACUCUGCAAGCUCUGCAUCCUCCCCCCCUCUGCCCUGCAAGAGCAUUCAAGAGCGAGACUACAUAAGCAUGAAACUGGGUGAUUCUUGCACGGGCUACGCAGAUUCACAGAUGAUGCUCAUAAACACUUCUUUACCAGACGCUGAGGCCCCUCCCUGCUCCGUGUCACCCAGUCACGAUGUCUCGACGCUCGGUGGGGUCCCUGGGCGACCGGUUCUCAUUGGUCCGUUGUCGGGCCUUAGCGCAUUCACCAGAGUGAACUCCAGCCCGGGUCGGAACCAGGGUGCCAAAGUGAUCCGGGCGGACCCCCAGGGCAGACGGCGGCACAGCUCUGAGACGUUUGCCUCCACGUCAACCAAAGGAGCCGUUGGUACGGCGACAACCUGUCAACCGGACGACGUCAAGCGUCAUAGUUCUGCCUCUUUUGAAAAUGUUUGGCUGAAGCCCGGAGAACCUGCUUCUUCUGCUGCUGCCACAGCAACCAAUGGAAGGCGAGAAAUUGCUUCUAAUUCGGCUUCCAGCCUGGUCUGUCAAAGCCAGAAUGGGCUGAACUACAUUGAUUUGGAUCUGGCGCAGAACCAUGAGCAGCAUAUGCCAGACUGGAGCCCAUUCCAAGCCAGGCCUGUGGAGCUGGGCACAGGUGUUGGAUCGGAGGAACUUAGUGCCUAUGCCAGUAUCAGCUUUCAGAAAGCAGACGAGACUAGAGGAAGCCUAUCACACAGAGAAGAAUGAAGACUCUCCAGCCAAGUGUUUUUCUACGCCUCUUUACCCAUUUCUGUUUUCGCCGGAAACCGGACCUCAAAAACCAGAACCUCAACAACAGCAACAACAACAACAACAACAACAACAACAACAGCUUCAAACCUCACAAAAAAAACCUGGACUGCGCAAGAACCCGGACCUCACUAUGCCAUCGUCUGCCUAACAAUCCAACCUCGCUGCUCUUCAUUCUCUGACCUCACAAGCUGGACUUCUCUGGACACGAUCUCAAAAUCCCAAAAAGACGCGUUUUUUUCCGACAAACAAACAAACAAACAAACAAACAAAAAACCCUUGCCUGUGCGUCGCCGUUGGACUCCCAAACCGGUGGUUUAUCUAGGCCCUCUGAAAUGAUGUUUUGCUGUUAUUCCAAACGAGUCUAUCGCCAUGUUCUCCUGUGUUGCAGUGGUACAGGAUAUAUACCAAUGAUGCUCCAGUGGGUUUCAUCAUUGGCACUACUGUGAUGGUUUAUGGUCCAACAGGUUUCAUGUUUCUUCACGGUACCCUACGGUUCAGCGGUAAAACAGUGUUAGCAGGAACACGCGCGGAUGUUCUAUGGUACAACAACUGUCGUCUCACGACGUAGUCAUAACACUACAGGUGAAUACUGACCAUACGAUGUUGCUUUUAUUUAUAACGAUAGCAGUGACCUCUGGUACUCCAGUGUUUCUCCAGCGCGGGAUCGUAGGACGGCACCUGGCCGUCGCUCGCGUUGGCCGCGCCUUUUUUCCCCAUAUUUGCUUUUUAAAUACACACGGGAAAAUAAAUAAAUAAAAUAGUGCACACAGUCAUAACACCGCCCCCUGGGUUGUCUCAGAAUGCCCAGACAUCACCUCAGGACGCUAACAGACAAAUAUAAAGUGACAGACAGACAAAUACACACACACACACACACACACACACACAUACACAUGCCUGGACUACCACCCCAUCACCACAGAGCAAAGCUCACUCACGCUGCCAAACACUGUGAC